UCAUUAUUGUUCAAGAAUGUUGAUGAUACAGACUCAGAUAUUCCAAGAUUAAAACCAAAGGUUGCUGCAACAAGAAAGAAAAUAUUAAUAAAUUGGGAAGACAGUGAAACAAAUCAUUGUAGAUGUCCAGAUUGUUAUCAUCAAAUAACAAAACAACGUCUUAUCCCUGAAAAUAUUUACCCUACAUCUAUUGAACUUGGUACAACUGGUUUAGAAAUAAAAUAUGGAGUUGGUUACGAAGGCAUUCUUAUGAUCCACAAUUUUUUGAUUCAUUUUUUGCAUUUAGACACAAGUUGGAAAACAUUGUGGGAUGCAAGAAUUAAAGAUUAUCCACCAAUUGCUCAAUAUGAAGAAGUGAUGGGCAGUGAAGUAGGAUUGAGAAAUUGGCUAAGGAAUAUUGAUGAAUUUGGAUUUUGUUUUGUUGAUGGAGUUCCACCAAGAGAGAAAGAAACUGAAGAAUUAGCCAAAAGAAUAUGUUUUAUUCGCGAAACACAUUAUGGUAAAUUCUGGGGAUCUACAGCAAAUUUGGCUCAUGGUGACACUGCAUACACUACAUUAGCAUUGAAAGCGCACACAGAUAAUACAUAUUUUACUGAUCCAUCAGGUCUCUUACUGUUUCAUUUGAUUGAAUUUGAUGGGGUUGGAGGUGAAUCGUUGUUAGUUGAUGGAUUUUCGGCAGCCAAACAAUUAAAGAUGAAACAUAAAGAUGCAUACGAUGCAUUAUCAAGAAUACCAAUUCCUACACAUGCAGCCGGUGACAAAGAUGUAUUAAUUCAACCAACACCAUCAUCCUAUCCAAUUCUUAACAUCAACCCAUACACAAAAGAGUUAUAUCAGAUAAGAUACAACAAUGAUGACAGAUCAACAUUGGACAUGUUGAGCCCAGAAGAUAUAGAUGUGUUUUAUGAUUCAUUAAGAAAAUGGAAUAGUAUUCUGGAAGAUCAGAAGAAUGAGUAUUGGGUUCAUCUGUUACCUGGUAGAGUUUUAAUAUUUGAUAAUUGGCGAUUACUGCAUGGUAGAUCUGCAUUCACGGGUCAUAGAAAACUUGUUGGUGCUUAUUUAAAUUGGGAUGAUUAUAGAUCAAAAUUAAAAAUUUCUAAUUUACCAAAAGAUGAAAUUUACGAAAUGAUAUAG